UGCCAGAAUGUCUGUUAAAUGGAUUUCACUUCUGCUCCUGCUAGAGUUGGGCUGGUACUUCAGUUGUGGGAGUUGUGGAAAGGUGUUGGUGUGGCCCACGGAAUACAGCCAUUGGAUCAACAUAAAGACAAUCCUGGAUGAGCUUGUGAAGAGAGGUCAUGAAGUUACUGUUCUUACAUCGAAAGCUUCUAUUCUUGUUGACCCUACAAAACCAACUUCUUUUAAUUUUGAAGUUUUCCCAACACAAUAUGCUAAAGGUCAUCUGGAAGCCAUUCUCCAAAGACUCCUUGAGGAAUGGAUAUACAAGAUGCCAAAAAAUUCAUUUUGGUCUUAUUAUGCAAAAAUGGAAGAAAUUCUUUGUGAAUUUUUUAUUGUAAUUAAAAAUUUUUGUAAAGAUCUAGUUCUGAACAAGAAGCUAAUGAAAAAAUUACAAGAAACAAAGUUUGAUGUCAUCUUUGCAGAUGCUAUUGGACCCUGUGGUGAGCUUCUGGCUGAAAUGCUUCAAGUCCCUUUAGUAUACAGUCUCCGCUUCUCUCCCGGAUCUGGACUUGAAAAGUAUAGUGGAGGACUUCCCCUCCCACCAUCCUAUGUACCUGUUGUUCUGUCUGAAUUAAGCGACCAAAUGACAUUCAUGGAGAGGGUUAAAAAUAUGAUACAUGUGCUUUAUUUUGACUUUUGGUACCAGACAGUAUGUGACAAGCAAUGGGAUGAGUUUUAUAGUGAAGUUCUAGGAAAACCCACUUCAGUAUCUAAUCUGAUGAGCAAAGCCGAUUUCUGGCUCAUUAGAACAUACUGGGAUUUUCAGUUUCCUCACCCAAUCUUACCAAAUUUUGAGUUUGUUGGAGGACUGCACUGCAAGCCUGCCAAGCCCCUGCCCAAGGACAUGGAGGAGUUCGUCCAGAGCUCUGGAGAAAAUGGUGUUGUGGUGUUUACUCUGGGGUCAAUGGUCAGUAACAUGCCCGAGGAGAGAGCCAAUGUGAUUGCAUCAGCUCUUGCCCAGAUUCCACAAAAGGUUAUAUGGAGAUUUGAUAGCAAGACGCCAGAUACUUUAGGGGCAAAUACUAGGCUGUAUAAGUGGAUCCCCCAGAAUGACCUUCUUGGUCAUCCCAAAACCAAAGCUUUCAUCACUCAUGGUGGGACCAACGGCAUCUAUGAGGCAAUUUACCACGGGGUGCCUAUGGUGGGCAUUCCCCUGUUUGCGGAUCAGCCCGAUAACAUCGCUCAUAUGCAGGCCAAGGGGGCAGCUGUCAGGGUGGACUUUGAAACAAUGUCAAGCUCAGAUUUGCUCAAUGCAUUGAAGACAGUCAUCAAUGAUCCUUCGUAUAAGGAGAAUGCCAUGAAACUAAGGGCAAUUCAACGAGAUCAGCCAGUGAAGCCUCUGGACAGGGCGGCCUUCUGGAUCGAGUUCGUCAUGCGCCACAAAGGAGCCAAACACCUGCGGCCCGCCUCCCACGACCUCACCCUGCUCCAGUACCACUCUCUGGACGUGAUCGGCUUCCUGCUGGCCUGCGUGGCAGCUGCCCUGUGGCUCAUCACCAAAUGCUGCCUGUGCUGUUGCCGGUUGUUUUCUAAAGCAGGGAAGAAGGAAAAGAGGCACUAGUUGCAUUGAGGCCCGAAGCUGUUCUCUCUUAUAGAGAGGACCCCUCCAGUUUGUUUCAGAGAGAAGAGGGUACAGGUUUCUAUUCACUGGUGACAAAAUUAUUCUCAUGUUAAGUUGUUAUGUCAAACUGUGCUUUCAAACUUUUUCCCUCCAUUUGAGGUCAGAAAUAUGUGAUUUUAAGAAAAAAGAAACAGCAUUCAAUAAGUGAAAAUAAAAUGUAUGCUUAGAUAUUGAAAUGAAUUGAUUCCAUUUUUUUAAAAUGUAUAAAAUAGCAUUGAGCCAAAAUGAUGUUUAGUUAUAAGGUUUGUCACAGGUCUUUUCCAUACAACUCCACUAUAAAAGAGGUACACUAUUGAGGAAAUCACUUGUCACUUGUCAUCACUUAUCAUCCCGUUUAUCUUCGAUUUGCUCUAGUGGGCGCCAGUAACAUCUCCAUUCAUCCCUGUUGCAUGCUAGAGUAGCCCAAUGGUAUCUGCUCCCUCCAGGAACACGAAGAGCCUCAAACUGUUCAUUCAGGGUAUUGACGAUGAAGUGUGACCAUCUCGUUGGUGGUCGACCACCCAGUCUUUUGACGUCCCUCGAAAUCCAGUCAGUAACAGCUAUAGUCCAGCAGUCGUCUCUAAAACGCAUCACGUGUCCAGCCUACCUUAUUUUCAAUGGCUUGGCGUAAGAGACAUUGUCCCUGAUUCUGGGUCGUCAGCAGAGGUUGGAACUCCUGAUUCCUUCUCUCACUUGAGUGACACAUGAUACUCCAAGCAUAGCUCUUUCCAUUCCUCUUUGGGAGACCAAAUAGCGUUCUCAUCCUAUUUGCGUAGGGCCAAGAUUUCUUAGGCAUAUCUUAGUGCAGGAAUUAAGGAAAUUAGAAGGAAUAAAGUGCAAUGGUAGAAUAUUGUUAAAUAAAAAACGGUUUAUUUAACGUUUCUCAAAUCAAUCUAGUGGUGCACAUAACAACAACAAAAUGGCAUACACAUUUAAUGCCAGGAAAAACUGAAAACUAAACAGCAAGCAAUUAAACUUUUAAAAUGCUGAUGAAUAGGUUAUUUAUAGAAACAAAAAAAUUUCAAUUAUCUACAAACUAAUUAAAGAUAUCUAAAUUUUGGAAAGGUGAAUAUUUCAAAAUAGAGUGAAAAUAUAUUUUAAAAUUAGUGUCUCCUUAAAUUUAGGAUAUAAGCCUGAAAGUAGUAUUGAUGGGCUAAAAUGUAAUUACUAUUUUCUUCAGGAAACAGCAUACUGUUUUCCACAGAGGUUAAGUUAAUUUUUGUAACCAUCAACCAUAUUCUGGUAUGUAUUUUUCCUUUUAUCCUUACCAAAACUGCUUAAGUCUUUGUGUUAUAAGCCAA